AGUAUCGCGUCGUUCUCGAGGCUAUUGUCUGCAAGCAAGUGCUCCAGACCAGUUGCUUCGCCUCACAGCUGCCUACGAACUCAUGCUAGAAGACUAUUGUGCAGUCCUCUGAAGUUAGAAAGCUUACACAAUCUUUCUCCAUAUACUUAUAUCAUUGUUCCCAUCUGUUCAUGGGUCAAUUGGCAUGGUAGUUUGUGUGUUAGUGCCCGCCUCUACUGGACACACGACUCGCCAAAUUCUCAUGGUCUGAGAACGCCAACUUUUAUGACAUAUUUUCUGAUUUCCUCCUACACACAAGUAUAUACGUUGCACUUCCUCUACAUAGGAGAUCAUUUGUCAUGUCCUCCCAGCAAACUGUGUGGCCUGGUGUCAACACAUUCUACAUCGAUCCACACUUAGGAGACUCGAAUGCUUUCCAUGACCUGGCGCACUACAACCAAUACCAAAUGGCCCACGAAGACUAUUCCUGUUAUGAUUAUGGGAAUAUACAGACUGCUCCGCCGCCACCAGUAUUCAUGUCACGGCACUUGUCUCCGUUCGAUCAGAGGUCUUCCACGUGCGACAGCGCUUAUAGCCCUCCCAGCGAAAGUGAUGGCAGUUUCGACAAUCCGUCAACACCAGAUCACAAUGUAAUGUCGCCUUAUACGAUACAGUACGACAAUUUCACGUCUCAAGGUCAGCUUGUUCAGUCGGCAGGUCUUAACAAUGUCUGCAUCAAGCCAGAAGAUAUCAAUCGUUAUCAAGAACCGCCUAUUUACGCCAUGGACAAGCCAGAGUUCCCUUUCCGCGAACUAAGCAUGUCUAGCAAUGGCAGCACUUGUGACUUGAGUAUAAGGAGUCGACAAGAGCCAAUACAAAUCUCAAGGGCACUAAGUCUAGCCGAGACAUCAUUCAUCAAACAGGAAAUAUAUGCAGAGCCUGGUAGCUAUCCACCACUUGACGACGAUGACGACGACGAAGACAGCUCCAACGACCAGAAGCAUUACCAAGCAGAUGAUAUCAAAGAUGAGGAUUGGCGCCCAAGAGCAGCACAUCAAAGGACAACCUCAAACACAAGCCGCACACCAAAACAGCGUAAGAGAACUGGCUCCUCAGUCAGUAUCUCGCCAGCUAAGAAGGCCAAGCGCGAAUAUGUUGCCGCCAUAACCCCAAAGUCAACAAACAAGAUCCAUUCAAUCACAAAGGGCAGCUUGGCUUGUGACCAGUGUCGCGACGCCGUUUUCAAAGACCAGAUUGGUCUACAGAAGCACAUCAAACAGCAGCACACACGACCUUUCAUCUGUGUAUUCCACUUCGCCGGCUGCGAUUCGACCUUUGCUAGCAAGAACGAAUGGAAGCGCCAUGUUGCUUCGCAACACCUCCUGUUACACUAUUGGCUCUGCGACCAAGAUGGAUGUGCGAAACUUUCAAACACGUCGGCGUCCUUGACCAAAGCCACAGGCACAACAAAGCAUCGUUUAUCAUACCCUUCCCAGCCCGAGAUCGCUUGCCCUGCCCUACCUAAUGGUGCCAUCUUCAACCGCAAAGACCUGUACACUCAACACCUUCGUAGGAUGCACAUACCACCGUCAGUCAAGAAACAACUCAAAGCGAAAAAGACGUUCCCAGAGUGGGAAGAUCGUGUGAGAGUUUGUCAAGAGGAAGCCCACAAGCUACGUUGCCAGUUACCCGAGUACAUGACAUGUCCAGCUACGGGAUGCAGCUUCCAAGCCAGUGGUUCAAACUCAUGGGACGAGCGAAUGGAGCAUGUAGCUAAGCACCUUGAGAGGGCUUCGAGUGGCUUGGAGUCGAUGAUUACGUUUGGAGGCAUGAAUGAUCCCACCUUGAUGAAUUGGGUCCUCCGCCCUGAUGUUGCGGUUGUCCAGCAAGAUGCCCAGGGUAAACUCGAACUCCACAACCCCCUCAAGCCGCAGAGGAGUACCAAGUCUCUGCCGAAUGAAUACAGCGAAGAAGACGCGCCUGGCGAGGAGGUUGACUACUGACGCUGUCAACGAAGUUGAGAUUAUACUGUUUUC